UUCACUGUUGGUAGCAGAGCCUCGUGCGUUUGGAUUAUCGGUGAUCUCUAAGCGUCGGGGGGGAAAAAAGCCUCCAAACAUGACCGCCGCCCAUAACAUGACCGCCGCCCAUCGCCUGGUGAUCGUGCGCCAUGGCGAGAGCGCCUGGAACCAGGAGAACCGCUUCUGCGGCUGGUUCGACGCCGACCUCAGCGAGAAGGGCGCGGAGGAGGCGGCGCGGCGCGGCGCCCAGGCCGUCAAGGACGCCGGCAUGAAGUUCGACGUGUGCUACACGUCCGUCCUGAAGAGGGCCGUCAAGACCCUGUGGACCAUCAUGGAGGCCACGGACCAGAUGUGGCUGCCCGUGCACCGCACGUGGCGGCUGAACGAGCGCCAUUACGGCGGCCUGACGGGGCUGAACAAGGCGGAGACGGCGGAGAAGCACGGCGAGGAGCAGGUGAAGAUCUGGCGGCGCUCCUUCGACACCCCGCCGCCCCCCAUGGACAAGGACCACGCCUACCACAAGAUCAUCAGCGAGUCGAGGCGCUACAAGAACCUGAAGGCAGGUGAUCUGCCGACGUGCGAGAGCCUCAAGGACACCAUCGCCCGCGCCCUGCCGUACUGGAACGACGUCAUCGCGCCCGAGAUCAAGGCCGGCAAGAACGUCAUCAUCGCCGCCCACGGCAACAGCCUCCGCGGCAUCGUCAAGCAUUUAGAAGGCAUGUCUGACGCGGCCAUCAUGGAGCUGAACCUGCCCACUGGCAUCCCCAUCGUGUACGAGCUGGACAAGGACCUGAAGCCCGUGGGCCCCAUGCGGUUCCUGGGUGACGAGGAGACCGUGCGCAAGGCCAUGGAGGCCGUGGCUGCCCAGGGCAAGGCCAAGAAGUAAGGCUGUACCCCCGGAAGGUUCCAAAACCCGAAGGUAGAAAGUGACUGUUCCCCUUGAUCACCGACUACUGACAUCCAUCCCCUCACCCUGCCCUCACCCUGCUGUCCAGUCCUUCACUGGACCGGCGCACGCUUUGACAGAAGGCUCGGUGGACGACAUUGGACACUCAGAAACGGGUCUGAUUGUUGUUCCAGUCACCUCACGCAACCUACCCUGCCUCGUCCACACACACACACACGCGCGGCGAGAAGCACAGGGCCGCGGAGCAUUGGCCGAGCCCUGCGUUGAGGGCACCCCCCACUCCGACACAACCAAUAAAGUACCGUUUUUGUACA